AUGGAGUCAAGUGAAAGUGGAGGAGACCAGUACAGAGUGACUUAUUAUUCACCAUGUGAACCAUCUACGAUUCAUUCAAGAUGUAUCAGUGAAAUAUCAGAAUAUAAAGAUGGUACACUAAGCGAUAUGCUGAAGAAGGGAUGCUUUUGGAUAGAUAUCUAUAACCCAACAGAUAUGGAAAUGAGAGCCUUGUGUAAAGUGUUUCGAAUUCAUCCGCUUACAGUAGAAGAUAUCAGUAUGGAAGAACAACGAGAAAAGUGUGAAGUGUUUAUGAAUUAUUACUUUAUUUGUUUCAGAAGCUUUGAUCAAGAUGAGUUUUCUGCCACUUAUAUGCAACCUUCUGCCCUUUACAUCAUUGUGUUGAAAGAAGGAGUUAUUACUUUUCACUUUAAACCAAUGCCACAUCCUCACAAUGUGCGUAAAAGGAUCAAGCAGCUGAAGGAUUACAUCAAUGUCACUCCAGAUUGGAUAUGUUAUGGAUUAUUAGAUGAUAUCACCGACUCAUUCGCUCCUCUGAUUCGAGCUAUCGAGUUUGAAGUCGAUUCAAUUGAUGAACUUGUGCUCAUAUUGAAGGAAUCAGAGCAAUCGGAUAUGUUGCGACGCAUCGGUUAUUGUCGAAAGCGUAUGAUGGGUUUGUUACGUUUAUUGUCAAGUAAGCCUGAUGUGGUCAAAACACUAAUCAAACGAGGAGAAAUUGUGCCUGAAGAUGGCACGCGGCCUGCUUUAAGUAAAGAAGUAGCCCUUUAUUUAGGAGAUGUGCAAGAUCAUAUCCUCAGCAUGUUACAAUCACUCAACCAUUAUGAGAAGAUAUCUUCUCGAUCCCAUUCCAACUAUUUAGCUCAAAUAUCCAUCGAGAUGACGCAGACAAAUAACGAGAUAAAUGAUGUCUUGUCCAAAUUGACAGCUUUGGGUAGUGUCCUCGUACCGAUGAAUCUAGUGACUGGUCUAUGGGGAAUGAACGUUCAAGUGCCUGGACAAUAUCAAGAGGACUUGACGUGGUUUGUGGGUAUUAUGACAUCUAUUCUCGCUUUUUGUAUUGUGUCCACAUUGCUUAUGAGAUAUUACAACAUUGUAUAA